CCCGGCACCACUUGCCGCGCGGCCGGAAGUGAAGGAGCAGGAGAACGAAGUAGUUAGCAGCGAUGGUGCUGCAGCGCUUGCUGCCCUGGAGUACUUGCCGGACGAUCUUCGGGUCUGCGGAGGCUGCGCUCUGGGGUUUGAAGUCAAUAAAAAGAAGCUGCCACAAUUUUUGUACCACUAUUUGUCAAGAUGUCACUUACAUGGAACUUAAAAACCUCCUGAAGUCCAAAAAAAUUAUGUUAAUUGAUGUGAGAGAGCCAUGGGAAAUUCAUGAGUAUGGAAAAAUCCCCGGGUCCAUCAAUAUACCAUUGGAUGAUGUAGGCGACGCUCUACAGAUGAACCCAAAAGACUUCAAAGAGAAGUACAAAGAAAUAAAGCCAUCCAAAUCUGACAAUCUAGUGUUUUCUUGUUUAGCUGGAGUAAGAAGCAAGAAGGCUGUGGUCACAGCAAUAUCUCUGGGCUUUAACAGUGCUCAACACUAUGCUGGAGGAUGGAAGGAAUGGGCAACCUAUGAACUUUCGGAGAAGAAACAAGGAAAUUAAAUUUUGGAAUACAACCUGACUGUUUCCUUGUGUAAAUGCAGCCCAGAAUAGUGGAAUAAGCAAAAGAAUAAAAAGGUAGCCCUGGAACUACUGGUUAAUGGGAAAGGGAUUUUGUAUUAGUCAAUUAUUUUUUGUUGAAUCUUUUUCUCACCUAUAAAUUGGGAAUAUCACAUCCCCCAGCCUACUUCCAAAGGCUAAUGAGGAUUAAGGUUAAUAUAUAUGACUCACCAUGGAAACAUAAAGGUUUCUAAAAUAAAGGGAUUCUAAAAAUUAAUUUUUAAAUAUUUUAGUAUUGUUCAAUAGUAUAUUCCAAAAGACCUGGUUACUUGUAUUACUUAACCAUAAUGUGUGGCCAGGUGUUCAGCAUAGCUUCUAUACUGUUCCUCAAAGAGGCUAUGAGCUAGACCAGUAGAUUACCCAACAGACUUAACCUUAAAAUACCAAGAAUCUGGGAUGCAGAAAAGUAGGUGAAAUAUGAACAAUGAAAAUAUAUUAACAAUAUGCAAAGACUUAUGCCACUGUGACCAACAUGGUAGUGAUACAAAUUUGUAAUUUAAAAAAGUAAUAUGAUCUAUAGGGAUAGUAACAGUGGUUGCCUCUGUUGAGGAUAAGAGAUUAACUAGAAAAAUGAGGAAAAUUUCUGGGGUGACGGAAGAGCUCUAUAUCUUGAUUGAGGUGUUGGUACACAGGUAUAAUCAUUUACCAAAACUCACUGAAGUGAACAUUUUAAAACCAUACACUAUCCAUAAUUAUAUCUCAAUUAAAAAUAAUGAAAAUAUUAUUAGAAGAAAGUUUAAAUACAAAUGAUUCCCACUAGCAUGAGUACAUUGCUUUAGAAUGUUAAGUCCUGUACUUGUUCAUAUACUGGUGAGUGGUAAAACAAAUCUGUGCUCUCUUCUGUCUCUUCAGACCCAUCUAUUUUUAGUCUCAUUUAUACAGUCACUCAGAAUAUGUAAGGCCUGGCAAGUAAACUCUAAGGACCUGGU